CCACCAUCGAUGUACUACGCUAUGUACUUGGGAUUUCGCUCCGGCGACGCGCGUUUUCCGUGGCCUCGCUCUUCAUGCCACCAGCUUGCCGCGUCUCCCGGGCUCUCCCAAGUGCAUAUUUAUCCAUCUCUCUCGAUACAUAAUAUUGACGUGCUGUAAACCCUCGUGCAUUCGCUUUGCGUGCUUUUGUUUGUCGAUACAAGCUGUCCUUCGUUGCGAGUGUGAAACCAUGAAGAGCGGCAUUCGGACGAGCUUGCUUGCCACGGUGGUGACAAUCUUGCUGCUAGGAGCAUGCGCCAGAGCGCAGAGUUACAAUUCCAUCCCAGAUAUUGAGGUCUAUGGCCAGCAUUUCUUCUACACCAACAAUGGAUCGCAAUUUUAUCUGCGCGGAGUCGCAUACCAACAGAACUACUCUCCCAAUGGCUCCGUAUCCUCUAAUACCAAGUACACAGAUCCGCUCGCCGAUGGAGAUGGCUGCAAGCGGGAUAUCCCUUACCUGAAACAGAUUUAUACCAACGUUCUCAGAGUUUAUGCGAUUGAUCCUUCGCAAAAUCAUGACGACUGCAUGGAACAGUUGGCUGCUGCCGACAUAUAUGUGAUUGCAGACCUAGGCGAACCGGGAACGUCCAUCAUAUCAGAUGAUCCUAGCUGGGAUGUCGCCCUGUAUCAGCGGUAUACUGGCGUCAUCGACUCGCUCUCCAAAUACAAAAACGUGAUAGGAUUCUUUGCCGGCAACGAGAAUGUCAGUGCGAACAACCAGACUGCUGCCGCCGCAUUUGUCAAGGCUGCGGUGCGCGAUACGAAAGGAUACAUUCAAAGCCAGGGCUACCGACACACUCUCGGAGUCGGAUAUGCGACAGCUGAUGUACCUUCACGGAACGAGCUUGCUCACUACUUCGCUUGCGAACCUGGUAACUCAGGCAACCAGACGCAGAUUGACUUCUGGGGUUACAAUGUCUACUCCUGGUGCGGGAACAGCUCUUACUCAUCUUCCUCCUACGAUGAGAGGGUCAAAUUCUUCUCCGAUUACCCGGUACCUGUCUUCUUUGCAGAGUACGGAUGUAUCGAAGGACUUGAAGCUGAGGGCGGUGCUACGCAUCGUCCCUUCACUGACGUUCCGGUACUAUAUGGCAAUAUGACUUCAGUCUUCUCUGGCGGCAUUGUCUAUGAAUGGUUCAUGGGAACAAACGACUACGGUCUCAUCUCCCUCACCGAAAAUGGUGCCAGUGUCUCUCCCUACCCGGACUUCACGUCUCUUCAAUCUCAACUUGCCUCCAUCUCACCCUCCUCUACCGCCCGCAGCGCAUACACCCCAGUCACCAGUGCCCCAGCAUGCCCCAGUGUGGGCGCAGACUGGGCAGCACAAGCAUCUCCCCUCCCACCGUCUCCGAACCCGCAACUCUGCGCCUGCAUGGCUGCAAACCUCCAAUGCAACAUCAAAUCCACUGACGAGACAAAAUACGGUUCUGUAUUCAACUUCAUCUGUGGCGCUGACGAUGCCUUCUGUGCAGGUAUCGAGCACAACGCCACAACAGGUAAAUUCGGCGCCCUCAGCGGUUGCAAUCCAAAAGACCAGCUUGCAUGGGUUGCAAACCAGUACUAUCUCGGCAACGGCCGCAGUAGCAGCGCCUGCGCUUUCAGUGGCAUGGCUACGCUACAGAGCGCAUCUACGAGCUCCGGCUGCGCGAGCUUGCUGCAAGAUGUUGGGAGCAGUGGUACAGGGUCAGUGCCGAGUCCCACAGGCAAAGGUACAGCUGCUGUCGGGACUGAGGGGGCGGAAGGAAGUUCUAGUAAAGGAGGCGCGGGGAGCGUACAUGGCCCGAGGUUCGUGGGUUAUGGGGCCGCUCUUGGGUCGGCUUAUGCUGUCCUGGCUGGACUCUCUCUCGCCGGUGUUCUGAUUCUGUGA